CACCAUCCUCCCAUGGAUACUUAAAGCGCUGGCCAACGCCUGGCGGGGCCUUAGGAAGAACGCACUGGGAAGAGAGAAGGGAAGAUCCACGUAGGUUUUUACUGAGCAGCCACGAGAUAAUCUGGUUUAGAGAACCCCCUGCCCCCCCCCCUCCAUCCGACACCACCAUGGCCAUCGCCAGAGAGGCCGCCAGGGCCAUGCUGUCGGACGCCCUGCUGCAGCAGGGCUACGGCACGGGGCGCCUGGCCCAGCUGGAGCUGGAGCUGCCCCUGGAUAAGGUCAUCAAGUUUGUCUCCGUGGGCCUGCCGCUGCUGCUGGUGUCCAUGGCCUUCGCCCGCGAGGUCUCCCUCGGGCCGCAGAUCAGCUGUUUCCCGCCAAGCAACUUCACGGACAAGCAGGCGGGCUACGUGGACACCUACUGCUGGGACACGCUCAUGCACCACGAGUUCGACAGCCAGGGGAACUUUGAGGAGCGUUCUCUCUGGGUGCACAAAAUGUUCCCCUACUCCCUGCUGGCCAUGGCGGUGCUCAUGUACCUCCCCGCCCUGAUCUGGCGGCAGCUGGUCAUGCCUAUCCUGGGUUCGGACCUGCUCUUCAUCAUCGACGAGCUGGACAACUCCUACAACCGCUCGGUGCGCAUGGCCCAGAGCAUCCUGGACAUGAGGCAGAACACCAAGAACCCGCUCACCUUUCAGGCCGAGCUGGACAGAGCCAAGAGGAAGCGGUACUUUGAGUACCCUCUGCUGGAGCGCUACAUGCAGAGCAAGCAGAACUCCUACUUCCUGGUCAGCAUGCUGUUCCUGCGCGGCUUCCUGCUGCUCAUCUUCAUGACGGCCGCCUGCCUCUACCUGGCCUACUUCCACCUCUCGGCCUUCCUUCAGGACGAGUUCAGCUGCUUUGUGCGCACCGGCGCGCUGCGCGACCAGAGCUGGGUGCCCGAGAUGGUGCAGUGCAAGAUGACGGGCCAGCUGGUCUUCCAGGUCAUCAGCGUGGCCAACGGCGCCAUCUACGUGCUGCUGGGGCCCAUAGUGCUCUUCAGCCUGGUGCGCCUCUUCGUCUGGGACACCACCUUCCUGUCUGUGUAUGAGGUGCUGCCCGCGCUGGGCCUGAUCGCCAACCGCAAGCUGGGCUGCCCGCUGAACGACCUCAACGUGCUGCUGCUGUUCCUCCGGGCCAACGUGGGCCAGCUUCGGUCCUUCGGCAAGGUGCGAGCACUGUGCUCGCUGGCGCCCCCGCAGGUGGGCACCGCCACGGCGGACCAGGGCCUGGGCGCCAUGCUGACCCAGGAGGAGCUGGAGGAGCGCGAGGAGGCUGCGCUGGAGCUGAGGGAGGAGGUGGACGAGGCCCGGGAAGAGGGCCGGCUCAACCUGGUGGACAUCAUGACGGUUCUGGGGGCGGCGCAGGGGAAGGUGGUCAACUGCGGAGAACAGAGGCCUCUGGUGGAGGAGAAUAUGACCCUGGGUACCGUAACUCUUAUCUACACUCUCAAGCGCAUUCUGCUAGUGGCCAUAUUCAUCUACAUCGUUUGGGAUGUCCUGAAAUGGAUUAAGUGAGCCUCCUCUUGACAGGCAGUAAAAUACAUGAGAAGUGGGCUCUUUGGCCAACCAUGAAGAGCUUUCUUAUCUCGCGUGCUAGCCUACCGCAGAGCUGGCCCUCCUGUCAUCAUACUGCUAAAGCGUCACAGGCAAUACAGUAAUGUUUUUUUGCGCACGUCCGCUAUUUUUUGUGGUUGUGUGUUGCUCCUAAUUGGUUGUUUUUCUUUUCCUUUCCUGCUGCCUAAUCAAAGCGAACAGCCGGUUUUCUAAAAUAGUCUCUUUGAAAGCAACCAAAUAACAUAUAGGGGAAUACAUUGAUUUUAUUUUUCUUCUUCUAGUACUUCCCAGCCCUAACUACCCUCUCUGUCUCUUCACAGAGCCUAACCACCAGGGGUACCAUGAGUUGAAGGAGACUACACCAUUUAGUCAUAUUUAGGCCACCCAUGGCCUGAAUCAAUGCAAUAGUACUCUAGUCAAAAGAUGUGGGGAAGCAAAUCCAUGCUUUUCAUUUUUAUCUUUUUGUAUUGGGUUGUACCAAACCAACCGAAAUCAAAGAGCCUUUUUUAGAACGACAUGGCAAACGCUUUGUGGAAGAGGUAUGCUCAUUUGGAUGGGGUUUGGAUGAUUGUCAAUCACACGCCAAAUUCCAAUCAAUCUCAAAUGGGUACGUUAUAGUCUGCUACUUUCUACUAUGUGUUUUUAAGACAAAUAUAUUGAUAAAAACCGACUCUGGAGUCGUAUAUAUUAACUUUCCAAUCGUUAAUUAUUGUUUAGUUGUAAAAAAAAAAUGCAAUUAUUAAUACAUUUUCCAUGAAGAAGAAAAUGUUCAGACAAUUCACGCAUACACAUAUUUAAGAAAAACAUAGGUCAGGUCAAACCAACUCUGAACUGUAGACUUGGAUCUGAACUUAUCUCUUACUGUAAUUUUUGUCAUACUGGUUUAAAACAUGUUUUAUUGUACCUCUAUUUCACUAUUAUUUGUAAUACUUCACAUGGCCUCAUGUUACUAAGGUCUUUAAUUUAUGAAUGAAUAUCACAUGAAUAUCAUAUGUCAUAUGAAUAAAGGAGUAUCACUUGCA